AUAAAUGUUGCAAUAGAUUCGUAGACUAGAAUAAAAAUGCUUGCUCUUCACGUACCUAUAGAAAACUCUGUUAAAACUAAUCUAGUUUGUAUCGAUGAUUAUCAAAAAUGUUCUCAAAAAACUUUAUCCAAAGGUGUAUAUGAGUUUUUUGCCGAAGGCAGUGGGCAACAAGAAACUCUCAAAAGUAAUACAAAUGCAUUUAAAAAAUAUAAAAUAAAACCUCGAUAUCUUUGCAAUGUAGCCCAUAGAAAUCUAAAGAUUAAAAUAUUGGGAAAAGAUAUAUCAAUGCCGAUUGGUGUUGCACCUACAGCUAUGCAAAAACUUGCCCAUCCCGAUGGAGAAACAGCUAUUGCUAGAGCUACACAAGAGUUAAACACAAUCUAUAUCAUGAGUAUCUAUUCGACAACUAGUAUAGAAGAUGUAGUGAAAGCUGCUCCACAUGGAAGGAAAUGGUUACAGCUUUUCAUUUUUUCUGACAGAAAAAUAAACGAGGACGUUAUAACCAACGCUGAAAGGAAUGGAUUUGAAGCUAUAGUGGUUACUUGUGAUUUUCCAGUACUAGGAAUUCGUUUAGCAUCAGCUAGGAAUAAACUAUACCUACCUCAACAUUUGCAACUUGGUGUUCUAAAAAAAUAUAUGGAACAACAAAAAAUGAACGACAUACGAGUAAUAUCAGAUCCGUCAGCGCAAUGGAAUGAUAUUAAAUGGUUGAAAACAAUAACGAAACUUCCUAUUGUAGCUAAAGGUAUACUAUCUGCUGAGGAUGCUAUUUUAGCGAUUGAAGCUGGAGUCUCUGCCAUUAUAGUUUCAAAUCAUGGAGGUAGACAGUUAGACAGUUUACCAACAACAAUAGAAGUAUUACCUGAAAUUGUUCAAGCAGUAGGAGACAAAGUUGAAGUAUAUAUAGAUUGUGGAUUUAGAGAUGGUACAGAUGUAUACAAAGCUAUAGCUCUUGGUGCAAAAAUGGUGUUCGUAGGAAGACCUGCAAUUUGGGGGCUUGCACACAGUGGAACGGAAGGUGUUAAAAACGUCUUGAAUAUUCUUCGAAACGAACUUGAUGUAGCAUUAGCUAUUUCAGGAUGUUGUAGUUUGGAUGAAAUAACCCCAGAGAAAGUGGUCCAUGAGUCAUAUUACUCAAAACUGUAAAACUAAAAAAAAUUGAGCUAUUUGUAUGCGACAAUAUAGAUGAAGAAAAAUCAGUUUUGAAGGGGCCUGAUUGCUUAUAAAUAAAUAAAAAUAAGAUAUUGAUUAAUUUUUAAUUCUGUUAAAAAAAUAUCUAAGACACUUUCUUUGUUAAAAUUUUUGCGCCUGCUGUUUGUUGUUUUUUUAACAAUUUCAAAUGUUUUUUCAAUUUUUGUUUCAUAGUAUUUUGCGUAGCCUCUGAGCCAUUCUCAAAUAUUGCUACUAAUAUAAAACAUCCCCUAUUAAGCUUCAACCAAACAUCCAACUAAAACACAAUUGAUUACAUAUCAAGCAAAUACAUUAAUGCUGAAAAUAAAUUACUUACAAUUGCUUCAUUUAAUUUUUCGACUAAAACAGACCCAAAUGUAACAUCACCGUUUUCUAAUUUAAUCUUAUCAAAUUGUGCGAGUUUUUUUAAAGCCAUAUGAAUACCAGCGUUUUCAAUGCCCAAUACAUCCUUGUCGUUUUCUUUAACUGACCAUUUGGGAUCAACUAAAACAUCUACUAAACCACUGUAUGCUUUUUCCAAAUCACUACCGCUACCUAAAACAAAUAUAUUCAUAAUAGAAAAAGUUUUGUUUAAACUUUAAAAGAAUCUUCAUCACUUUCUUACCCACUUUCACUAUAGCUAACAUUUCAAUAGCUAAUGAGGGAGAAGAUAACCAAAAUUUCGAAUCGUUUGAUACUAAUUCUAAUAAAGUUUUAAUGGAAUAUCC